AUAAAUGAAAGUAUGUAAAAAAAAUAUCGGAAAGACAUCAAUCAUAAUUUGACUCCGAGGUACCGGCUUCUAAGGAACAAAUAAUUCAAUGUUCUUGUUAAACAGGUUUCAAAAUCUCUGGUGGGAAUACUGAUGUCGCCCUCAGAAACAAAAGCUAUUAUUAGUUAGCAAACCUGCUGGGUUAUUUUUGUGAAAGGACACCGGCUUGAUUCAGCUCAUAAGGCUGUCACAUAUGGGCUACACUAGGAACUGAGAAGAGAUAGAAUGCUCAUCAUUUUGCAUAGUUCCUAUGGGUCUGAAUGCAUCUUUCUGUUGUGUGGGAAAACAGUACGAGGUUUUUCUAAUGAUUGUCAUGCGCCAGGGAAGUACACAAAAUUACUUAAACAGAUCUGUCCACACACCUUGUAUAUUUGAAGGUUCAUUGAGCAACUGCAGGACAAUACAGUUUGUUUUUCAGGGUAAAUAUGAAACAAAUUUUAAUAUGAAAAUCCCAGACUGCAAAUGUAAGAGAUUUGGAUGCUGAAAUCAAGGUUCACCUGACUGAACCGUCACAACCAGAGAGUCAAAUUAGCCAAAGACCAGAUGUGGCCUGUCUCUCACUUUUAUAUAACAGAAUCUAUACUACAGGAUAUUUAUAAGAUAUUAACAAGGGCAAUAUAAGCGAUUACAAUGAGCAAGCACAUAUUCUGAAAACAUACAUUGGUGUGACGAAGUAUCAGCAAAAAGCUGAUGUAUUACGCACUUCUGAACAGCAAGUAUGCCGUGACGUUGUGGAAAAACCGUUGUAUUGCCUACUUGUGGACAACGGGUGGCAGUAUAUGACAACAUUCGGAUAAUACCAGGGCGCUCAAGCAAAAAGUCAAUGUGCUGCGCACUCCCAACAGUAGGUGGCAGCAUGCACACUGCCAUUCUAAAGAAGAAAUACAAAGGAAGAAGAAACCUGGAAAGAUGGCGUCGUUGUUGGAAGUAACACAUGUGAGCUUGGACGAACAUAGCGAUGCUCUAGACGGUACAGGAGAUUCCGACGAUGAGAGCAAUGAUGGGGCGAGCGAAAGCGAGCAGGCGGAGGACUCGGAGAAAACCAAUAAUAAUGCGGGAUGGGCGGACGCCAUGGCUAAGAUUCUUAGCAAGAAAACUUCAGAGGACAAACCGAGUAUCUUAGCGAAAAAUAAAGACUUGGAUAAAGUGAAGGAGAAGGAGAAGAAGGAGCGACUGGAAAGGAAGAAGCAGCUGGAUAAGAAGCGGGCCUGGGAGAUGCUCUGCCGGGAGAAACCGGAUGUGGUGCGAGACCGAGAAACCGAGAGGAACCUGCAACGGGUUGCCACCAGGGGUGUGGUCCAGCUGUUCAAUGCUGUGAGGAAACACCAGAAACACAUCGACGACAAAAUAACGGAAGUCGGCGGGUCGGAGAGAAAGCGGGCCAAGCUCCUGUCCUCAGUCUCCAAGAAAGACUUUAUCGAUGUUCUGCGUGGGACGGAAACUGGUGCCGUUCCUGCAUCACAGAAGCAGGUGGCUGCCACCAAGCCAGAGGAGAAGCCCUCGUGGAGCAUUUUGCGGGACGACUUCAUGAUGGGGGCAUCCAUGAAGGACUGGGACAAGGAGAGUGAAGAGGGAGGUGAAGGGGAUCAGGAGGGUGUACAGAAAGGCAGUGUGGACUACAACAGCGAAUCGGACUGAUCCCUCAUUCGCAUGCGUGUUCCUACGUGGAUAUUUCAGGUGCAUAGGCUAGGGGGACAUUUCCGUAGGCCAGGGAUUCCCCUGUACCUACAUUUAUAGAGAAAAGGAAACCAUCGUCCCCCUGCAGCGUGUCAAAUGAAUGUUUUGCUCUGACUGUGCUCCACAUGUGACUCGUUGUGUAAAACACCCUUUCUGCUGUCAGUGGUUCAGCAGCAGCCAGUAUCAUUGAGUAGCAUCAAAAAGUACGGAAGGCCAGGUUUUAUACUAAUAGCCUGGGAUGGCAAAUACAAAAUACACCUCACUGGUAACAAAAAUGCAGGGCGUGUUGCCUUUGUAUGCCUGCUUUGUUUUCGUCGGCCCACCUCUACUAACCCCUUGCCAGCUGCAUAAAAACCAAAUGAGCUUUGUGCUGGUUGAUUAUAAAACAUCUCUUGUUCCAGUUGGCCAGGGACAGUCAUUCUGUGAAUGGCAUGUUGCUGCUUCCCGUCUCUUGUAGAUUUCUCCAUAAAGACAAAAAUAAAAUAUUUCUAAGGCGG